GCUGUUUGGGCAUUAGGAAACAUAGCUGGUGAUAGUCCUGAGUGUAGAGAUUAUGUGCUUACUGAAGGUAUUCUCCUUCCUCUGUUGCAAUUAAUUAACAAGUCGGCAAGAAUAUCUAUGACUAGGAAUGCAGUCUGGGCUCUGUCUAACCUUUGCAGAGGGAAAAAUCCACCUCCAAAAUUUGAAGAGGUAUCUAAAUGUUUACCAGUUCUAGCCAGGUUGUUGUUCCAUAGUGAUGACAGUAUCCUAGGUGAUGCUUGCUGGGCCUUGUCCUAUCUCUCGGAUGGUCCUAAUGAAAAGAUUCAAGCAGUUAUAGAUGCUGGAGUUUGCAGGCGUCUCGUGGAACUACUGAUGCACAGUAACCAGAAUGUGGUAUCAGCAGCUCUGAGGGCGGUAGGAAACAUAGUAACAGGCGAUGAUAUUCAGACGCAAGUGAUGCUGAAUUGUAACGCUCUUCCUUGUCUACUUCACCUACUCUCUUCGUCUAAAGAGUCAAUUCGAAAAGAAGCUUGCUGGACGAUAUCCAACAUAACAGCAGGAAAUAGACAGCAAAUACAGGCAGUUAUAGAUACCAAUAUAUUUCCUGUUCUAAUUGAAAUUCUGGGAAAAGCUGAGUUCAAAACCAGAAAAGAGGCAGCGUGGGCUAUAACAAAUGCUACGUCGGGAGGUUCUCCCGAACAAAUAAGGUUUCUGGUGGAGCAAGGAUGUAUACCUCCACUUUGUGAGCUGUUGACUGUCAUGGAUGCCAAGAUUGUUCAAGUGGCUCUGAAUGGAUUGGAAAAUAUUCUCAGACUCGGGGAGCAAGAUGCUAAGAAUCACAGUGGAGUUAACCCUUAUGCAGUCAUGAUUGAAGAGUGUUAUGGUAUGUUGAGAAACUAUCCUGUAAGUAGG